CUUUCUCCCAUGGGGACUGGCAGCAACCCCACCUGCCCUGUCGCGUUUCCUCUCCGGCGAGGAGAACUGGGCAGGUGUCACAUAGCAUCCGAGCACAGUGACUUUCGCGUGCCAUGUCUUCCGCGCGAGUAGUCGAGCACGCCUCAGACAGGGAAUCAGCCUGCAGCAGCCCGUCCCCCGCCAGGAGCCGCCGUCCGCAGGCCGAUGAGAUCGCCGAGGACUUCAUCAGCAUAGUCCUCAGCGGCCAGGCGGCGCUGAAGGACCGCCGGGUCGACGACUUCGAGUUCACGCCCGACAUCCUGGGCUACGUGCACCGCGGCGCCCGCCCCGGCGAGGUGGAGGACAAGCUCAGGGGGCUGAUCAGCUCCUUCGGCCGGUGCCAGGACUUCAAGUACUGGCUCGUCUGGCUGCACGGCAGCUGCCUGCUGCGCAUCAUGGAUCUCUACAAGAACGGCUGGACCAACCUCCCGGUCCUGCGGCCCCGGUGGCACCAUGUGCUUGCCCAUCUCCACAUGAUCGUAGAUCAGAUAGCUGAGAGCCGUGGGCAUACCACGGCGUUUGCGGUUUAUCGUUAUCUUGCAGAAAGGGGACUAUAUCUCGGCAAGCUGGCAAAUAUCCGACAGAAGCACGUCGCAGAUGUAGUGAGAAUAUCCGCGCAGGUCCUAAGCCAGAAGCUUGUGGACCUUCCUAAAGGUUACAGAGCGCCAGACCCUGCGGGUUGGAUAUCCUCUGUCGUCGAUCUCAGUCGAGAUCAAAUAUGCAAGGAGCUGGGAAUACCAAGACUGGGUGGUCUGACAUUGCCGCCAGAAAGAGGCGGCCAAGCUCUGCUGCUGGGAGUUCAUCUAUCACGAGAUUACACAUCCAGUGUCACCUGUGGCGGCUUGGUGUCACCUACUACAGUGAUGACCUCCAAUACAUCCGUGUUCUUGGAUUCCUUAACUACAAUAGAUGCGGCCGGACUAGAUCGCGAGUGGUUUUCCCAUCUAGGACGGAUAGACUUGCGCUGCGAUUAGCUGUUUCUGAGUCUCGGGCGCACCCAUAUGAAAUCAAUUUCCCCCUCCAGGACUAUAAUUGUGAUAUUGUCAUGCAUGAGCGAUAUUGUGUUAGAAUUCCACUCGAUAGGAUGCAAAACUUCAUCUUGAGCCUCUGAUCCUGCAUGCCACACCACGCUUGGGGUUGGUUGCGACCGUGACUGUAUCGUGCUGAGAAUGUUAAGCAUUCCGGGUCCAGUCCAGAUGGCACCCUUCUUCAGUCUGAAUGGCUGUGCGUCGAUCUUGAUAGUAUCUAGAUCGGGGUACAAUCUUGAUAUUUCACUACG